UUUUUUUCCAACACAUCACCCAAUUUCAAACAAUCACUUUAAUUUCGAUAGCUCUUUGUUAUUUCAUUGUCUUAUUUCAGUAUCCAUACCAAUUUUCAACAGCCAGAGCCAAACAACAAGCAGCAAAUAUGUCAACGCUCAAGCCCGGAGAGGUCAGCAUGGGAACCACCAUUAUGGCGGUCGAAUUCGAUGGCGGCGUGGUUCUCGGAGCGGAUUCGCGCACAACAACGGGCGCAUACAUUGCCAACCGCGUGACAGACAAGCUGACAAAGGUGCAUGACCGGAUUUACUGCUGCCGCUCAGGAUCAGCUGCCGACACGCAGGCCAUUGCAGAUAUCGUUAAGUACCACUUGGAUAUGUACACCGCACAACAUGGCGAGGCACCCACAGUGAAGGUCGCCGCAUCGCUGUUCCAGGAAAUAUGCUACCAGAACAAGAGCGGUCUGAUGGCCGGCAUCAUUAUCGCCGGAUAUGAUGAGCGCGAUGGCGCGUCUGUAUACGACAUUCCGCUCGGCGGAUCGCUGCACCGUGAGCCCUUCUCUGUUGGCGGCUCAGGGUCGUCGUAUAUCUACGGUUACUGCGACAAGGUGUUCCGCCCGGACAUGACCAAGGAGGAGUGCGUUGAGUUUGUGAAGAACACAGUUUCGCUGGCCAUGACGCGUGACGGCUCGUCUGGCGGGGUGGUGCGUCUGGCAGUCAUUGACAAGGACAGCGUCGAGAGAAUGUUUGUUCCCGGUAACCAGCUUCCUGUGCAGUACUUGGGAUGAGGUGUUAGCUGAUUCUUGUAACCGAACUUUCUGAAAUGGUUUAAAAAAUGUAAUAGAUGAAGUGGCCUGUC